UGCAAUGAAAUGUUAAAAGGUUAAGAGUCAAAAUUGAGAAUGAUAAACAGGAGGAAUUUGUUAGAUAAAACCGACAGGAAAAAUAGAAAAAAAGAUGUUUAAAGGCAAUAACUUUCCUUUUUCUUUCCUACAUAUUUUUAACGAAUUUUAAUCGCUAAAGUCAAACACAAUACCCGUCCUUGGAUUUUAAAUUUCAGAGUACAUUUGUUAAUGUAGAAUCUAUUAUAAUCGGUGAGUGUGGGAUUCGGUUCCUCCUCUGAUUUAAGGCACAGGAUUCCAAUGGUUGAAUAACUUUUUUUGAGGGGAAGAAAGAAAUAAAGAAAAUGGAGAGGUUAGUAGCAGCGGUGCUGGCAGCAGGCGUUCUGCAGGUAUUGCUAGCAACCGCCGACGAUCAUUAUCUGCUCUCUCGUAUUGCUUUCGGAUCUUGUGCCAACCAAAGUGCUCCUCAGCCCAUUUGGGACGCCAUCAACAAGUUUGAUCCUCAAGUAUUCAUAUGGCUGGGUGACAACAUAUAUGGAGACAUUAGACGUCCUUUCAACUUUCUGGGAAAGGAAAGGACGAUUGGCCCCUGGAAGAAUGCUCCCAGAUUCAUUCCUUCAUCUUCCUCCGAAAUGCUUUCCAGAUACAACUCGGCUAAGAACGUUCCCGGUUAUUUACGUCUCCGCGCCAAAGCCAAGGUCGUUGGUACCUGGGAUGAUCAUGAUUAUGGACUCAAUGAUGCUGGCAAAGAACUUUCUGCCAAAACUACUAAUCAGAGACUUCUUCUCGAUUUCUUAGAUGAACCCCAAGACAGUCCCAGGCGCAAGCAGGAUGGUGUUUACACAUCUUAUACAUUUGGCCCUCCAGGUAAACAAGUCAAGAUUGUCCUAUUAGAUACUAGGUAUCACAGAGAUCCUCUAUCCAGUGACGGGAGCGUCUUGGGGGAUUCACAGUGGUCAUGGUUAGGGAAAGAGUUGAGGGGUCCACCGUCGGCCAUUACCAUUAUUGGCUCUUCUAUUCAGGUUAUAUCAAAUCUCUCUGGUACAACUGGACCCUUGUUUUAUAUGGAGUCUUGGGGACGUUUUCCAAAGGAGAGGGAUUGCCUUUUUAAGUUGAUAAAUGAUAGUAAGAGGGAUGGAGUCUUCUUCAUAAGUGGAGAUGUUCAUUUUGGAGAAAUUACACGAUAUGACUGUGCUGCUGGAUAUCCCUUGUACGACAUUACCUCAAGUGGGUUAACCCAAGCUGUUGAGAAGGUGCUCCCAUCACCCUUGCGUUUCAUAGUUAGAUUUUUGGCAUGGUUUACUCCUAGUACCAUGAGAGUUAAGAACCAAAAUUGCAGAUAUAGGUCAUGCACAUAUGGUGAGCCAAAUUUUGGGGCAAUUCAGAUCGAUUGGGAUGCAUCUCCAGUGAACUUGAAAAUUCAAGUCCGUGAUAUAAAUGGACUUCCUGUGACUGGUGUAGAUAUUUCAUUAUCUGAAUUGCAAGCAUGGAAUCGUACAAUUAAAGCAGGACAAGAUCAGAGACACUGCACUCUGGAAGUGAAACUGCCAUGGAUUGUUAGAUAUCGCUUGGCUAUUCUGGUUUACUCUGUUUUAGCUUUGUUGCUUCUUGCUUUGGUAGGACUAAUUUGUGCGGUGACAUUAGCCUGCCGGGUGUGCCUCAGAAAACGCAAGACAGAUUGAGUUUGAUAUGGAGUUCAGUAUGGAGAUCCUCGGGAACUAAUUACAAAAUGUAGUAUGUGACACACGAGUUAGUGCUAUGUUAAAGCUAAAGGUAAAGGAAGGUAUAUUAUACAGUAGCUCAUAAAACUAGGGAUAACUACUUGUCAGUAUAUUUGUUUAAAAAAAAGGAACUUUUCAGUAUAGUUGCUGAUCAUUAGAUUAUAGUUGUGUUCCUUUCAAGAAAAAACAAUACCUUUUGAAAAAUCAAAUGAAUAGCUAAGAUCAUCAAACAGGUAUUGAAGAUUUAGUUGAAAAGUAUACCUUUUAGAAAGAAAA